AUGCAAAUUUAUAAGUUUUUAUCAGAUUUUAUCAAAAACAACAUUAAAAACAUACAUAGAUGCUCAAUAAAUGGAUUGCACUUAGCAAGGGGGAAUAAAAUGGCUUCGCACACCCAUACAGACCUAGAGAGACCUCACUCAGCUAUUCACCGGAGACCUAAACCCACAACAAUUGAUUUAGUUGGUGGCAUACAAUGUCAUAUAUGCCAUAUUACAUAUGCUAAUAAAAGAGAAUAUGACAUGCAUUAUGUUAAACAUGAAACAAGAAGCAAAGACAUAAUAUAUACUUGUGUGGUGUGUUAUAAAGAGAUAACUGGCUAUCCAAGUUUCCGUGGUCACUGUUACACAAGUCAUGUUAUCAAAGAGAGAUUCAAAUGCGAACAUUGUUCUAAAUUAUUCUCAAAAUCCCUGUCUUUAAGGGAACAUAUUAAGGUCAUGCAUAGAUUCAAAUGCUCAGUUUGCAGUAAAGAAUUUACAACUAAAAAGGAGUUGCAAUUGCAUCAAAUAAUUCACAAUGACACAGACAUGCCACCAUUCAAAUGUCAAGCGUGUGCUAAGCAAAUAGAUACAUUAGAAGGCUGUAAGGAACAUGUUGAUAUUCAUUCAUCUUCUAUUUACUUUUGUCCCAUUUGUAAUGAAAAUAUUUCAAGCAAAGAAAAUGCUUCAGAACAUUUAAAAAAACAUUUUGGAGAUAUUAAUGAUGAAGGCUCAUAUGUACAAACAAAUUUGGAAAAGGAAGAAAAUUACAUAAAGCAAUUGGGUGGAAUUUCAUGUAAAUUCUGCCCACUGGUAUAUAAAGAUAGGGUGGAGUUUGAUGCCCAUUUUUCAUGCGAACAUGGGAGUGAGGAUAUAGUCUACACAUGUAAUGUAUGUGGAAAGCAGUUUGAAAAAUAUUCAGUAUUCAGUGAUCAUUCCUACAAUCAUGUCAUGAAGGACAGAUUUUGCUGCGACAUAUGCCAGAAGACGUUCAGUCGUCUCUCGUUGCUGGUGACGCACAUGGCGGCGUGCGAGGCGGGCGCGGCCGGCAAGCCGUUCGCGUGCGUGCGCUGCGGCCGCCGCUACGCGACUGAGAUGCGCCUGCGCGAGCACCUGCGCGACGCGCACGCCGUGCACUGCGUCACGUGCACCGAGGACGGGUGUAAUAAAGUAUUUUCAACACCCAAGGAUUUGAUCACCCACCAACGCGUGCACCGCUCAGCGCAGAACUGGUGCCGACAGUGCGGCCUUCUGUUCACCUCCCUCAAGUCCUGCGAGCGACACCUGGACGUGCACAACAAGAAACUCUAUGUCUGUCCUGUUUGCAAUAGAAACUACAGCGAGAAAUAUCUCAUAUUAAAACAUAUACCGCAACAUUUUGAAACUGUCUUACAUCUAUGCAAAGUCUGCGGGAAAGUCUACAACGCCAAGAACAGAUUAAUAGAACACAUCAAAACUCAUGCCGAAACUAAAACACACAAUUGCACUUACUGUGGUAAAGGUUUUGUGAAACUAGGGCAGUUACAACAGCAUCUCAACGUUCACACUGGAUCUAAACCAUACAAAUGUCCCGUUUGUGAAAAAACUUUCGCCAGCUACCCCAAUUGGCAUAAACAUUUGCGUAGAAUGCACAAAACUGACGGCAAAAAGUAUAAGAAGUCAGAGAAUGUUCCGGACAUAACAGAAUCUGAUGAUGAAUCGCCUACAAAUAGCUAUGUUAAGGAAAACGAUAUUGAUAAAGAAACGAAUAAAUCGAAUGAUUUGAACGCACAGUUACACGUCGGUAUAUCGGAACUGUCGGAUGCAAAACUGGAAAGCUUUAUGUUCAAUGAACCAGAUGACAGUACGAUGGAGUCGGACAGCAUCGAUCCCACUCUCAUCGAGAAGGAGCUGCAGAUAUUCGAAAACGCUAACAAUAAUAGCAAGAUAGUCGAGUUCGUUAAUGUGUUGCCCACUAACAAUGUGACUUUUGGUGAUACCAUACACGAGAGCCCACAAACAUCAAGUAACUACCCAGCGGAGUACGGCCCGGAAUUCAACACGGGCUUCCACACAGACGGUAGCGGGUUCAUCGAUCUGGACGACCACAUGCUCCCCCACAUAGACCCUUUACUCACUAUAAAGAACGAAUACAACCAAAUGUACUCGCAAAACUAUCAACCGAGCAUCGAACCCGCACCCUACAACCAACCAAAAUGGGAACCCAUCAUAACCAAAGUCUACCCAGAUUACUCGUACGGUUACGGAGAUAUGGUCGAGACGAACCGACUGUCGAUGAUGAACACAGACAUAUUU